AUGACGUCCGUCUUUCGUCCAGGUGCUCUUGCCCUGAUCACCGGUUCUGCUUCUGGCGUGGGUUUCGCAUUUGCCCAACACUGUCGCCGCCAAGGCAUGCAUCUCGCCCUGAUCGACAAUAACGCCAGUUCCUUGCAAAAGGCGUCGUCUAUCCUGUCUUCUCAAAGCACUGGAUCCGAAAAAGUUCAGACAUUGACGUAUGAAAUCGACGUCUCUGAUCUAUCAGCUUGGAGCAAAGUGCACAGUGAUCUGUCCUCCAAGUUCUCGACCGUUGAUUUCCUCAUGCUCAAUGCCGGUCUGAGCAGGAAACCCACAACGUCACAAGUAUGGGAAGACGCAGAGUACUUCCACAAAACGUUUGCAGUGAAUUUCUUUGGGGUGGUGCACGGUCUAGCCACGUUCUUGCCCAUGGUGCAGAAAUCGGAAGGUCCUUCUGCGGUCGUCAUGACGGGGAGUAAACAAGGCAUCACCAAUCCUCCUGGAAACCCGGCGUACAACGCUACAAAGUCUGCCGUCAAGACUGUCGCGGAGCAAUUGGCUUAUGAUCUCCGGACGAGCUCGUCACCGGCCCAUGCCCCGCAUGUCUCUGUGCAUUUGCUCGUUCCUGGGUGGACGUUUACGGGCCUCAGUGGAAAUCAGGGACCUGUGCCGGAUGAGGAGGCUCUGGAGAAGAAGCCUAGAGGUGCGUGGCUGCCGAGUCAGGUUGUCGACUAUGGCGUGAAGAAGAUUGAGGGCAAAAAGUUCCAUAUCAUUUGUCCGGAUACGGAUGUUGAUGAGGCGCUUGAUCAGGCAAGGAUGACAUGGGCCGUGGGUGAUGUAGUGGAGGAACGAAGUGCGUUGAGCAGGUGGGAUGAGAAGUACAAGGAUGAUGCCGCUGGGUGGAUUUCUAAGGAGGCGAGUCGACGGAGGGGAGAAUGA